AUGGCGGUGGAAAAGCUGCCUCAAACAGAAGACAUAGUCCAGGAAUCAAAUGAAGAAACCUUGGAAACUGAGAACCCGAUCCCUUUAACGUACUUGCACGUUGGUGUUAAGUGCACUGAGGAACCCAUCAUUGAGCAAACAGAUGAAGUAGAGGACAAACGUUCAGAGGAUACUCAUUCUGAGAUGGCAGAACAGAAGCAAGUGACAUCUGAAGUUUCUCAAACUCAGGAACAUUCACUGGAAGCUUCAUCUCCAGAUGUAGAUAUUACCAAUGGACUCUCUCGUGCCAUAGAAAAUGGUCUAGUGAAGGACUCUAGAAGUCUGAAAGUUGAGAAUGAAAUAAAUGCUGAUGUCAUGGAGGUGGAAAAGCUGCCUCAAAAAGAAGACAUAGUCCAGGAAUCGAAUGAAGAAACCUUGGAAACUGAGAGUCAAGAGCAACUGUCAUCUAAACCCUCUACACAAACUGACAGCACUAUUGAUAUGGACAAACCUGAAGUCAUGGAUUCUGUGAAAGAUCUAGAGAAGAAUGAAAAGUUUGCAGAUCAAGAGCACGAGACUACAGAACCCCUUCAGAAUGGCCUGGACUCCACAUGUGCCUCAGUGUCAUCAAGCCCCACUGAGAAAACCAGACUCACUGGACCAAGUGAUUCAGUUGCUCUAGAAGACACUGAGGCCAUAGGUGAGAUUCCUGUGUUGAGCGAGGCAAAAUUAGUGGAAGAAGUUGUAAAAGAUGCAGAAACUGGACCUCAACAAACAGAAGACGAAAAGGAGAAACAGGAAAAGGAAGCUAGUGCUGCACAGAAAAACGAAGGAAAAGAAGACACUUCUGCCACCCCAAAAUCAGAGAUCCUUUUCAGCAGUGGCACAGUAGAGGUGAAGCUGAUACAGAAAGAUACAGAAGAGAGUGUGGAGGAAGUGCACGAGGCAUUGGAUGAGAGUGCAGACCUAUAUCUGGGAGCAGAGGAGAUGGAAAUGGGAGCCAGAAAUAACAAGCCACUCAAACCACUGCUGGAGCUCACAAUUCCUGGUAUAGAGACCAGAUGUAGCUUAGCACCAGCUGUGGAUAUACUGGCCUACAGUGAGAGAGAAUGGAAGGGAAACACGACCAAAAGCGCUCUCAUCAGAAAGGGUUACAGUGAGAUGUCCCGUAGCUUUAGCGGUCUGAGGAGAGUCAGAGGCGAUAACUACUGUGCCCUACGAGCCACACUGUAUCAGGUGCUGGCAAACAGCACAAAUAUGCCCACCUGGCUGCAGGAUGAAGGCUUUCUAUUGUCGUUGCAUGCAGAAACAGAGGAGGUCACCAUAUAA